AGGCCUGGAAAGAAGAGCGCUGUGUCUCUUGCUCUGCUCUCCCUGCAUACGCCAAAGUCUGAAACCACAGCCAUGAGGACCCUCAUUCUGCUCACCACCCUUCUCCUGCUGGCCCUCCACACCCAGGCAGAAUCUCCCCAAGGAAGCACUAAGGAAGCUCCAGAUGAGGAGCAGGAUAUUUCCGUAUUCUUUGGAGGGGAUAAAGGCACUGCUCUCCAAGAUGCAGCUGUGAAGGCAGGCGUGACCUGCUCUUGUAGAACCUCAAGCUGUCGUUUUGGAGAAAGGCUCUCUGGGGCAUGUCGUCUCAAUGGCCGCAUCUACCGACUCUGUUGCUGAGCACAAAGAAGAAGAAGAAGAAGAAGAAGAAGAAGAAGAAGAAGAAGAAGAAGAAGAAGAAGAAGAAGAAGAAGAAGAAGAAGAAGAAGAAGAAGAAGAAGAAUCCAUUUGUCAUAUGACUUGAAGGAGACUGUUAUUUGUAGUAUGUUGUGUCCUAGACCUUUCUCUUUCUUUAUAUCCAAAUAAACUUCUUACAGCAAGUUA